UUCGUACCCUUGAAUUAAAACUGAUUCGCGCCGGUUUGCAUUCUUUUCUUGGUUUGGGUUCAGCUCCGUAGUACCGUACGAUUAAUCAGUGGCAUAAAGUCAUUUUCUGUAUCAUUUAGCUCAAACAGGUUAAGAAGACAGAAGACAUCAUGUCUGAAGCUGAUGAAGGAAAGGUGUAUGUUGGUAAUCUAAACUUUGAAACAACCGAAGGCGAAAUCAGAUCAACAUUCGAAGAAUUUGGGCAGAUCAGCGAUGUAACAGUUGUCAUGGACCGAGAGACAGGCCGUAGUCGCGGCUUUGGAUUUGUACAGUUUUAUGAUAAAUCGGCCGCUAUGGCAGCAAUAAGUCGUAAUGAUAUUGAACUUGGUAAUAGGAUGUUAAGAGUGCAAACUGCAACAAAACCAGGUCAAGGACGAAGAGGAGGUGGUGGUGGUGGUUAUGGUGGUGGAAGAGGAGGAAGUAGAGGAGGGUACGACCAAGGCUAUGGUGGAGGCGGUGGCUACGGUGGAUCGCGUGACUAUGGUGGUGGUAACAGAUAUGGCGGCGGCGGCAGAAGUUACGGGGGUGGGUAUGGUGAUAGAUAUGAUGGUGGAGGACAGUGGUAAAUUGAUCAUAAUCUUUUCACCAUUUAUGUUAGCAGUUUCUCAAAAAUGGUUUCUGAAAAUUUUGGGGUUGGGCAUUGGGAAUGAAAACUGUACUUACAGUUAAUGUUUUGUAUUUUAAUCAAAGUGUUGCCAACGUAAAUAAAAAUAUUGCAUUUAUAUUUGUAAUACCGGCAUACAGCUUGUGGUUUCUCCUAAAGAUGUACCGUCUGUCAUAAGCUAAAAAUAUUGGAAAAUUAAAUUCCAUAUUUGAUUUGUUUAAUUUUUAUAUUUAUUAACAUUCGAUUAAAAAUUUGACUGAGGAAAAAUUACCCUGUCGGUUAACAGGCAGUUCAGAUAAUACCUUUAAAUUCUAUUUCAUAGAUGCUGAAAUUUGCUGCUUGUCAAUUCAAGGAUUUUUGGAAAUCAUUAACUGUCAGUAAAUUAGCAAUUGGGAGUAAAAUAUUUUUUGAUUUUUUAAAAUGAGUUUUUACAGAUCUUCAUUUAAAUUGGAGCGUUAUUUUCCCAAUUAUUCUUUUGCUGACAGUACGUGUUUAAUCUUUUUUUUUUUUUUUUAUGUAUGAAAGAAAACAAUUUUGUAAUUUACAUCCGGUCUGCAGAUUUGUUGUAUCAAAUGUAUAUCAGUAGAUCCUAAGUAAUCAUUUAAUUCGCAGAAUUUACACAGGGUUAUAUUGAAAACAGUCAGUAAGGCAUUUUAAGCCAUUCUGUAAAACAGUGCGCUAAAAAUAUACUGUAAUAUAUUUGCAUAAGAUUAUCAAAGAAAGGAUGAUCAUUGAUUGAUUGACAGUUUAUGAAUUGUACAAUAUGCAUACUCUACUGUUUAUUUUGAUCUACUGUUUUUAGACAUGUGUUUAAAUAGCAUAGUCUUCCGGACGAUUAUUUGCCAGUUGGUUUUUUUUUUUUUAGUUUCCUGCUAGUAUUGUACAGUAUACACUCGGCCUGCAUUUUUCAAACUUAAUGUAUUAUUAUUCUGUGACAGUUUCCUGCGAAUUAAUUCUAUGUUGCAUGUGAUGAUAAUGUUUUCAAAUAAAUUCUGUUAAAUGUAUUUCGGGCAAUGAA